AUGUCUGGUUCGACUCCUCCGAACUCUUGGGAGCGAUGGUGGCCAUGCAGGACAACCAAGUGGUAUUCAAAAAGCAGUGGAAAUGGUCCACUCAAGAGCGAGCCUUGCGUGCCUAACGUGAAGGAACUCACUACUGCCUACAAUGCUCUCUCUACUCUUGUCUCCUUCGAGCUCGAUACCAAUAAGAAGUUCUCGAAGAUCAUCCUCUACGGCGAUAAUCGUACAGCUAAUGCUGCCCUAGCCUCUGGUAAGGUCUGCACUUCUGGUAAGCAAUCUACUCUACUUCAACGAGCUAUCGACCUUAUUCAUUACCUUAUGGGAAGACGCCAGUUUGAAAUUCACUAUGUGGCCUCUGCCGAGAACCCUGCUGAUGCCGGCACAAG